AUGGCGUGUCGACGUGUCAAUUUGAGCUCCUCAAGCCCAAGUCAAAAUCUGGCUGAUUCUUUAUUACAUUUUGUAAAUAGCGAAAAUAACGACUCUAUAAGUUUUUGUGAAAGCGAAUUUACACAAGAGAAUAGUAUAAAUAAUCCUUCUUCCGACAAUAAUAUCAACAAAGGUGAGCAAACUGCAAUGCCGAGUGAUGAUCUACAACACGUGGAAUACCUACAACUAAAUGGUGAGCGUUUAUUAUGGAAAGACAGCUUAGAAACGCUUAAGAAUUUGAUGCUACAACUACGAGAACAGGGUAAAUGGUCCUCUCCUGGAGGCGAAGCGAGGCGAUUUAAAAGUACCGACAAACGAUUUGAAAUGACGUGGUAUGGCAGCAAGAAACAAACCUUAACAUUUAGCGGAGAUGAAGGUCAAAGAAUGAGAGAGAAAUUGAUAGCUUUGGCUAACAUGAGACUACGCAAAGAGUCAAUAAAUAUAAAAUCGGUUCUGCAGAAUGAUUCGGAAAUAAAUAUCGAAAACAAAUCUUCGACAAAGAAUACUAAUGAAGGCGAUCAUAUGCAGGUUCCUAGCACCCUCGAUGCCCUACAAGCGAAGAUAGACAAUUUUGAACAACAAUUCAAAAACUUUCAGUCGAGAACCAAUAAUAAUAUCGAUAUUCUAUUUACUAAAUUGGAAAGGAACCCAGAUGCCGAGAAGGAAAAAGAAAUUGAUCGAUUACGUGAGGAAAACUGUAAAUUAAAGACGGACAAUGCAGAACUAAUUCAUCGCCUCAAUGAACAUGUAAACACAAUAUCGGAAUUAAAUAAUAUAAUCAAGGUUGCCGGAGAUGAAAAAGCCAGUUUACUAACUGCUAUUCGCUUAAUCCAGUCUGAUGAUAUUAAUGUUAGAUCAAACAAUAACGAAUCUCAAGUAUGGACACGAAUAGAAAGUAAAACCCAAGGUAAAUCAAAGAACCAAACACCUUCGCGACGUAUUAAUCAAGCGAGCAACCAAAUUUUAGAACCAAAUCAAUAUUCCUCGUUGGCGGUUAAUGAAUCUAAUGAAAACAAAGAUAUGGAUCAUAAUGUCACCCCUAGUUCAACACAUAUAGAAAAUUCGACAAACUCCGGUAGAAGAAUACAACACCAAAAGGAAAAGCAAAGAUACUCGGUCGAACCGACACAACAACACAAUGCCUCAAGCUCAAAGUCUACCGAAGGCCCGAUAGCGAUCCUAGGAGACUCGAUGUUAAAGAAACUAAGUCCUUCAAGAUUACGCCGUUCGACUGGGAAAAAGAUUAUAGUCAAGACGUUUCCUGGAGCAACUACUUCGGACAUGAAGCAUUAUAUUAAACCUACUCUGGAGAAAAAUCCCCAACUAGUCGUGAUCCACGUUGGAACAAAUGACAUCCAACAUAAAGAGCCCGAGGAGAUAGCUAAGGAAGUUGAAUCACUGUGUAGAACUAUCAUGGUGAACGGCUUGUCAAAAGUCGCUAUUUCAGAGAUCAUCCAGAGGGCAGAUGACAAAUUGAAUACAAAAGUUAAAAAAUCGAAUGUUCUCCUGGCAAAGGUUUGUAAGAAUAAUAACUGGUCUCUUAUUUCCAAUAGUGAUAUAAAUACUUCUAGCCUUAAUGCAUCUGGUUUACACCUAAAUGAUAGAGGAGCAGCAAUACUAGCGAAGAACUAUAUUGAUUUUUUUCGCAAAUGA